GGUGGUUUCCGAAGUUUCGGGGCGCUCGGCGCAUGUCUGCCAGGUGGACGCGUGGGCCUGGCUGGCAGCGAGCCGUCUCCGGCGCUGGGUGAGGGGUCGGGGCCCCCUGGAUCUGAAGUCGGCGGUCGUGGCCCCGGGACUGAGGCUGUGUUGGGGAGAGCGUUCCGGCCGCGGAGAAGCGUGCCCCGGAGAGCUGGCUGCGCUGCCCGGCCGCGCUGCGCACCUUUCCCGCGUCUCCUGCCCCGGAGGCGGCUCCGCUGGCGUCUCUGGCGGGCGCUCGCUCAGCGCAGCUUUGCGGACCCGGGCCUGGCCGACUCGCAGGAUUAAUUAGAAUUCUUCAAAUGUCAGUCCCCACAGGCCCUGAACAACUUGCAGAUGAAAUGGAGAAUCAAAUAAAAUCACCUGAUCCAAGGCCUGGUGCCCCUCCUGAGUACAAUUCCCAUUUUGUACCAGGGCCCCCUGGACCAGCUGUCCCUCCUCCUGCAGGCCACCCAGGAAGCUUGCCUGUGGGAUACUACAGUCCACAUCAGCCCACUACCUUCCCCUUGUACAUGCAAACUGGUGGUAGCCAUCCUAUCCAGUACCAGCCUGGAAAAUAUCCUGCACCACAACAUUCUGCUCCAAUAGUAUGGAUGCCAAUGCCAACUGUUAUGCCAAACUGUCCUCCAGGUCUGGAAUAUUUAGCCCAGUUGGACAACAUACAUGUUCUUCAGCAUUUUGAACCCCUGGAAAUGAUAACAGGUUUUGAAACUACUAAUACAUAUGAUAUUAAAAACAACCUGGGCCAGAUGGUUUACUUUGUGACCGAAGACACAGAUGAUUAUACCAGGAAUGCUUAUCGGACACUGAGGCCCUUUGUGCUCCGGGUCACUGACUGUAUGGGCCGAGAAAUCAUGACCAUGCAGAGACCUUUCAGAUGCACCUGCUGCUGCUUCUGUUGCCCCUCCACCAGGCAAGAGCUGGAGGUGCAGUGUCCUCCUGGUGUCACCAUUGGCUUUGUUGCCGAACACUGGAACCUGUGCAGGGCAGUGUACAGCAUCCAAAAUGAGAAGAAAGAAGAUAUGAUGGGAGUGCUUGGGCCAUGCUCAACCUAUGGCUGUGGUUCAGAUUCUGUUUUUGAGGUCAUAUCCCUUGAUGGUGUAUCCAGUAUCGGAAGUAUUACUCGGAAGUGGAAUGGUGUGUUAUCUGCAAUGAGCGAUGCUGACCACUUUGAAAUUCACUUCCCAUUAGACCUGGAUGUGACAAUGAAAGCCAUGAUUUUUGGAGCUUGCUUCCUCAUUGACUUCAUGUAUUUUGAAAGCUCUCCACCACAACGUUCAUCCACUCAUAAUUGAUGGAUACCACAAAUCAGCAAUUCUGAUUAAUGAAAAAAAUUUAGAAAAGUUGGUUGGGCUUACAGUCAGCCCUCAGUUAUUCACAAAUAUAUUUAUCUGCUCUUGCAGAUUAUUGUUAUUGGAUAUUAGCUUUGACAGGUAGGCUGAGCGUGUAAGUGAAAGAACACAUCUAAACAUGUGUUUCAAUUGAGUAUCUGUCUACCCUUCUACUUGGUAGACUAGGAGUUUACCUGAAAAAGUUAUGACCCAUUAACCAAGUAAACAUAUAUAUAGUGAACUUGAAAACGCUUUAAACAUGAGAUGAGGGGAAAUGAAUCCCAAAGCUUUCACAUUAAUUGAUAGUAAAAUGAUGGGCUUUUUAGAGCAAUCUUUGUUUAGAUAGAGUAAUAUAGCUUCUAACUCUGACCCUCUCCUCUCCAUCAACAUGUCCAGUUACUGAAGACAAAUUUGAUUCCAGGUGAAAAGAAUGAUACUCUUCAUUGUUAGAAACAAAACGGAAGGCAGAGAGAAAUACUAUGUUUUAUUGCCCAAGGAAAAUUUUACUUGUGCAAAUGUAUCAGAACCUUAUUUUGCAAACUUCAUAAAAAUUUCAAUGGAAAUUUUUAUUUUAUUACAAAAUAAAACAUGUUUUUCAUAUCAUAAGGUUAUAUUUUCUAUGCCUCAUUUACUAGCAUACACAAUCAGGAGCUGCCUCUGUAUGAAGAUAGAGUCAGACUACCAGGGCCAUUAACCAAUCUAGAUCUCUGAGCAAUUUAGAGACAUCAGUGCCCUUAUGAGAAGCUUGUAUUUAAUACAUUUAACCUCUCUUGGUUAUAGAUGUCUUACAUGUAAAAUAGGUUUGGUCGAAUCUCUAGGAUUGCCUAUUGAACCUGUGUCUCAUUUGGUAUGACACAGAGGAGAUGAUUUUUUUUUUUCUUACAAGAAGACCC